UUCAAUUUGAGUCACGAAAUUUUUGGAAAUUUUACUUUGUUUUAAAACAGAAAAGAUGAAUGAUUCAGCAAAAGAAGAAGGCGAAUUAUCAGACGACGAGGAAGUUAAACCUCCUUUAAACUAUGAGUUUAAUAAUAGGCCAUCAGCAAAACAAUAUUUUCAUCACCCAACUCGAAGAAAUUUCAUACCCCGUGUCGGAAGUUCCAAGUUUCUGGGUAACACAAACGCACGGAGAAUGCCUGUACCUUCUAGUAUUACUGCUCCUAAACCUGCUCAAACAUUAAGACAACAUACACCCAACAAGGUACGGGCCAAUUCUGAGUCACAGAAAUACAAUGGGAAGGCAGAAAAGAAAGAAAAUGAUGACUAUGAAGCCUUGCUGAAGCAGUACAAGCACAUACAGGGUCAGCUAGCAAGCAUUCGACAGGAAGAGGAAGAAAACUUACAAAAGACAGCAAAUAAGACGGGAACAGACCAGACUGCUGAUUCCAACAUGGCGGUGAUGAUUGAUUUGUCUGUCUCAUCAGUUAGUAAUGAAUCACUUCCCCUUGCGAUUGCUUCGCCAAGCACGACCACUGAAGCUGAAGAUGAUGAACUGGAUGAGUUGGAGUUACGACGGUUAGCGCUCGCUUCGGCUGCUCAAAACAUGCUCCGUUCCCAAACUCCGCCCUCAGACACGCCCCCAUUUAGCCCCGCCUACUUAACCUCCAAUCAGUCAAAUAAUGAUAGUUUUAACUCUGUAUUCUCUGAAGGUCUAAACGACAAUCAUAGUUCACGUGGUCAUCAGACUAAUAUAACAAAUGGUUUGAAGUGUGGCGAAAAUAGCCAAUCUGGGAUAUACAAGAAAACCAUUACUGGCAGGAACUCCAGACAAGAAGCAAGAAAAGAGAGGCCGAUUCAAAUGAAAGAUAAUUCAAGACUACGCAGUCGAACCCCUGCAUUACGAGCACAGAGAAAUGUUUCAUCAUGGUCAGGUGUUGCUAAACCAAACCGAUGGCCUGACGCAACGAACAGAAAGACCAGAUCUCGAUCGACCAGGACCCCAUAUCGAAGUCUCGGGGCAACACAAAAGUAUACAACUGGACGGGUUGAUCGUCAAUAUCCGCCGCAAAAAGCGAUGCCUAAAAAGCAGGAUGGUUCUGAUAAAACUAGAGAAAUACAGAAGAUACUUACUCUGGACGAUCCGAAAGAACAAGUGGCGAGGUUUCUGUCGCUUAUUAAGGGGAACGGAAUGCCGACAGGAAUACCAUUGAUAAGCGGUGCUGGUGUUGAAUUACCAGAGAGGCCAGGGGGAGAUAACUAUGAGGAGGUGGAGAUGGACAUCGACAGUGAACCAUCCUCACCAGCGGUGAAUGCGGUAGAAGAACUACAGUUUGAGCCGGAUUUCUACAACGCAAUGCAGCCAAUGUACAUGAACCAGCCAGGAAUACAUGAGUGGCCAUACUGCGGACAUGGAAGUGUGCCCUACCCCAUUGAAAACCCCCAUAGUGCCUUGAGUGGGACACAAAUGGGGCUACCGAUUGCUCCACAGAUGAUUCAUGAUGUAAUGCCCUACCCUGGGGCUGGAGGACCAGGGGGGCUGGGGAGCUUAGGGUUGUUCAUGGGUGGGACUCUAGAGCCUGCACCCCCUCCUCCACCGCCACUCCCCUGUGAACCCCCACCGCAGCCUCCAUUACCCCCGCCGGACCCCCCACUACCGCAAGACGCCCCACCACUGCCACCACCCCUACCAGGGACAAUAGCUGCGCAUCGAUCAAUCAGUGAACCACAUAUUACCAUAAGUGAUAAAAGAGUGAUUAAGAAUGAUAGGGGAUUUACAAUGGAGCUAAUGUAUGCAUCUGAUUCAGACUCUGUUUUAAACUCCAGUCCUUUACAAUCGCACGCCGAACAGUUUACCCCACCCACUAGUUCUGUUCCUGCAUACAGUGAUAUUAGUGUUAUUUCCCAACGAAGACAUGAUGUGACUCCAUCGAAUCAAGAUUUCCCGUCUUCCGAACACCAUUUCCUUCCUGAGGGUCAGUCUUACGCAAUAACCUCACAGGGAUAUAGUAACUUUAUGGAAACCGAAAACUUGCUCAACAAACCUUAUAAUAGUAAUAUCAGUGUUCCAGCCAUUUUCAAUGAUGACAAUCAAAUUCCAUCGUUUAGCGCAUCAAGUGAGUCCGAGGCUCUUUCUUCAUCCAAGGAGGAGAGUCCAGUAAAACCAAUCUGCACCAGUGCAACCGAUACGAACCUUGAAGAAGAAGCUAUGUUGCGUGCACUGUUGAUCAAGUCAUUGGAGAAUCGGAAGAAGCAGAAACUGAUCUCAAACCUGUCAAAAAGUGAGGCUGCACCACAGAAGGAGAGAACUGUCAGAUCAGCGAGCCCCCUACCUGCUACAAGCAUACCAGUCUACCAACCUAGAAUGACCAAGUCACAUUCUCAUCUUAAUCUCGCUGGCCUGCCAGUACAAGAACCUGUGAUUAUCCGCCUUGGCGAGGACUCUUCAGACGAGGAUGAGGAGGUAGCUCCACCCCCGCCUGUCAACAACUUCCUGGGUGGGCUCGAUUCAUUCCUGAAAGAAGCACGAAAGUCAACAGAGGUGUCUCCAAAAGUUCCGAAAAACAGCAGGACUGAGGCAGCGGCAAAGCGUAUUGUCCUCGAAGAAACGGUCAGGCAGCAGGAAAUUACUCUCAUGCAACACAGUGAGAACAUUUCUCGCCAACAACUUACUUUAAAGCGUCUGCUAACAACAGCCACAAAGUACUUCAACAAUGUCCGCCUUUCUGAGACGAAGGUUAAGCAACUAACGGAGCAGCUUGCUGCAGCCACAACUGUCGCUAACGCUAAUAAAAAUGCCCUGGAAACAGCUAAAAAACAGGCUAGAAUGGUGAAAGACCGCUUGCUGCGGAGGAAAACAGAAUACGAAGUUCUUCAGAAGGACAUACAGGAGAAGAAGGUGGAGAUUUCACUUCUGGACACCCAUGUGGCUUUACAUAAAGGGGUGCAGUCAAAUCCUAGCUCAGGCUCUGUCUCUCCUGUCAAACGACAAGUGAUCCCGCCCACUGCCAACAUUAAGCCCCUCCCAAAGAAAAGUAUUGGACAUCAUCAUCACAAGAACUUCACAGUCACCAUUAAAAACCAGGCGCCUGUUCCUACCUCACAAAAACCUGACCAAGUUCCUAAGACACAUCUUAGUAAAGUUAAGCCCCAAGUAGUGAAGAAAUCCUCAGCUAAAAACAUGACAUAUGCAGAAAAAAUGAAGGAAAAAAUGAGACUCCAAAAAUUAGCAACAGAAGUUGAAAACAAGUUAAGAAAAAUGAAAUCCCUCCAAAGUAGUUUGACGCAGAGUAGUGUGAUGGAAACUGCAGGAAGUAUACUUCAUAAAACAUUGACUCCUAGAAAAGUCCGAAAUUCAUUGAGCAAUGAAGAGGGACCAAGUAAAACAGUUCUAAGUCUUCAGAAAAUAGAGCUUCCAGUGGACUCAGAUCAAUGUGCAAAUGAUGGGGAGGAUGAAAAAGUGCGCGGGGCUAGACGUCGCUCAUUGCUGGAGGUGAAUCCUAGCCCCACCCCGAAAAUUGACCCACCCUCUUUGGCAAACACAUCUGGGUCUCGGACAGGAGGUCUUAAAGAUGUAGUGGAAAAGUCUGAAAAAGAUGAUGUCCAGAUACCGGAAGGGAAGAGUUUGGCACGGAUACUUAAAUUACAGAAACAGAGAGUGGACGAAGCGUUGAAGAUGUUCUGUCAGCAAUGCUCACUGAAGAAUGAAGACAAUCAGCUGAAAGCUAUCUCGGCAAAAGUCCCACAGCUGGCUCAAUUGGAAGCCUAUCGAUCAGCAAUCAAGCCAGGAACAGAUGAGGGACCUCCCAUAACGUGUAACUACAGGAGUCCCCUGCUUCACUUCAGAUCUUACAGGUUCAGCCCUUAUUAUCGCACAAAGGCCGGGCGUCAGGUGACAUCUCGGAGUAUAUGUCACAAAAUCCUGCCCAGGAGCUCACUGUGCCAGUAUGAUGUUCUGGGAAGGUGUAAUGAUGAUACAUGUAAAAGACAACACGAGAGUCAUUAUGUAACAACAGACAGGGAGGCAUUAUGGGACGUCGUGGCAUAUUGUCCAGCAUUAGUGGGGGUUACAAAUGGUACUCCAGCCAAAAAAGUCCCAAAACUCUUAGGUGACUAUGUGGACAAACUGAUGAAACAGAACCAGGGUCGUCUCUCCCUUGACCAGAUGGGACUUCUGCUGGUGUCUAGAGUGAAUGACUAUGCCAAACAUGUACCACCUCACACAAUGUUCUUUACCCAACGCUUGUUCCGACCAAAGCAAGAAGAAAGCACAGCCAUAAUCAAGACCGAGGGCCAGCCUGUACUGUCAAAGAUCAACAAAGAUGGUUUUGAUAUGAAACAUACACAUAUCCCAACCAAGGAGGAGAUAAUCUGUGAAGGAGAGUCUCGCUACUUCAUAUCCGAUGCAGAGUUACCUGCCCUUGAACAGGCUGUGUUAGAAACACCACAAGACACAUUGAGAUGGAGUAAAUUGGCUGCUAGCAAGCUUAACAAUACCACAUUAAAUGCUGAAGACAGAUUACGUGAGGGGCUGAGUGUUCUAGCCCGCGGAUUAGAGGCAAAUCCAAGCUGUAGUGAUCUCUGGAUGGAUUAUCUAAACUUGUACAGUCGACUGACGGACACUUGUGAUUACGUACAUUGGGCACGUCUGGCUACGCAGCAUGCGCCAAGCUUUAAAACUUGGUGGAAGUAUGUAGAGGUUACCGAGUCGUACUCAGAGCGAGAAGCCGGAUGUCUUGGUAUGAUCAACUACCUUUGUCAAAGUCUCGAGGUCUCAGCAGGGGAUGAGGAGCUCUCGCACCAUCUACUGGAAACCAUGGUGUUACGGUCACAGCUGGCAGUCGGUACAGGACAUUUGGAGAAAGCUAUUGACUUUAUGCGGGGUUACUUUGUGAAAAGUGAAGGGGUCCCACCACGUCAAGACAAACUCGCUGUUAGUGACAGGGCGGUGCUAUGGCUUACGUAUAUACAUCUUAUGUCCUGGGGACAUUUUCCUGACAUGUUGUAUGACCAACAUAACUGUACAUCAGGACGUAUUGUUAAUAAGAAUAUAAAACUCCCCUGGGGUCAGGCAUUACACCCUGGGGUAACAGAGGACCAGCAAAUGAACCUUUUACGAGAAGCAAUCAACGUUUGUACGGGCAAGAAACCAGCAUCGGGUCCAGGGAGUUUGAAGGAUAUUCUACCUCUGCAUUUGAACAUGAUUCACUUGCUCUUAGCUCAGAACAAGCUAGAGGAAGUUGUGGGUCAUUGUCGAGGGUUGUUACAACAAGACCAGAGCCUGGUGUUAGUCUGGCUAACUGUGGCCAAUCUUUAUGCAAAUAACCAGGACCUAGAUGCUGCCAAGCAGGUGUUCCGAGAUGCCAUGGAAGUGAACCCUCAUUCUGCCUACUUGUUUAACUGUGCUGCUGAAUUUGCCUUGAAUCAGGAUGAAAGCUUUGCUUUGGAAUGUCUGGAAGCUUGUCCAAAGGGUUACUUUACCCCAACCCCUUCUGCCUUAGAUCCCUUAACAUUGUACAGAUUACUGCUGAAACAGACAUUAUCUCUUGGUAACUCACAGCCAAGUAUUAGACAAGACUUGGACACAGAUUGUUUAUCAGAAAACAAAGCUUACCUCUGGCUGAACUAUUGUUUAUUGCUUGAGAAGCGUGGCCCUCUCUCAGAAGUUGAGGAGAUGUACGAGGUUGCUCUCGGUGAUGUGGUAGGGGCGGAACAAGUGGCGGCGGUCUGGAAAGGCUACCUCUUCUUCAAGUGUCGUCAGCUUAUAAAGGGACCCUGUGGUCCUAUAGAACAGCGCCGUCUAAAUUGGCUGCUACACAGAUGUAUUCAGACCACGCCCGUCCGUAUGCCGGUCUGUCACUGGCCUGGUGUGACUUGGGUGGAUUAUCAGCCACUUAAUUCAGUUCUUAAGGUGUAUCUAAGAUGUCUGCUGCCUGAACAACAGACGCGGGCUCUCGAGAGAUUUGCAAACCAAAUGUCGAAUAAUGUCCACCUUGUUACUAGGCUGUGUGGCGAAUACCUCAAACAAGGGGAUGACCAGAGGGCUCUGGGUCUUUGUAACCUUCUUACCUACCAGGGGACAAAUAACCUGCAUGUUUGGAAAUUGGCAACGAGUUUAUCAAUACGACUGAGAUCACAAUACCAGACCGUGCGACUGUUCAGACGAGCCUUGCAGAAGAACCCUUUGUCGUUGGAGCUGUGGAAAAAUUUCCUGACCUACUUGCUGACCCAGGGUGCCAAUGCAAGGGAGGUUAUCGCAGAUGCCCUAUCCAGAUGUAGAGAGUUGGGUGUUAACAUGAAGGAGUUACUGCCCUUGGUCAACAAUCCAGUUGGAUGAGACCAACUUGGAAGGGG